CAUAAGCGCAAACGCUUCGAACUGUGCUGCCCGCGUGUAGCUGUUACUGCUGCCUGUUGCUCUUGCUGUUGGCUGAUGGCACACACACAGUUCCUUCUCCGUGUUUCUCUAUCUCUCUCACUCAGUCUCCGUCGCCCGUGCUUUCCGUACAUAUAUUUUAUUUAAUGUAACCGAAUUGCUUUGAACAACACGAAAAAUUAUUACUUUCAAUUUCAGUAUAGCUUUUGACAGUGACGAGUGUAGACGUGCGAUUCCAUUCGCAUUCUCGCUCAUAAAUUUAAAUUAAUACAUAUUUUAUGUUUGUGUGUUUUUUUUUCUUUUUCAAAAAAAAAAAAUUCGAUUUGUUGAACUAAAUACAUAACAUCGAUCGAUUCGAUCCAAUCAGUGCGUAUGUGAUUUGAAACCGAAGAGAGGAAAAAAAAUUUAAGUAACAACAAAAUAAGGAAAAUUAAACGAACAAACGAAGGAAAAGCGCGAGAAGAAAUUUCCAAUGCUGCUGAUUUGGUUUGAUCCAAAUCAAAGCGCACAAUAACCAUCGUCUUUCCUGAAAAACCAAAUUUGAAGAGAAAAACAAACCACCCGAAGUGUGCUUCUGAUUCAGUUUAGAAAAUAAAAUUUCAACACUCGCAAAGAAUAUUUUAGAUUUAAAAGCAACCGAAGUGACACGUACUAGUUUAUCAUGGCUGCUGUUGAAGUUAGGGGUGGCUACAAGUAUUAUGGAAGCCCGAAUGACCCGAACAAAAAGAUCAUCCUCAACUAUCUGGAUAUGAACGUUCCGAUCGGAUCGAUCUAUGGGCUUUUGGGUGCAUCAGGAUGUGGAAAGACUACACUGUUAUCGUGUAUUGUUGGUCAGAAAAAGUUACAAGAAGGUCAAAUUUCGGUGUUGGGAACCUGCCUGAAUACACAUUCGGCCAGCACAUUGGGACCACGCAUCGGAUACAUGCCACAAGAUAUUGCACUCGUUAACGAGCUAUCGAUCAAAGAGACGAUCUACUAUUUUGGACGCAUAUAUGGCAUGCACGACGAUCGCAUUCGAGAACGAUUUAAAAUUCUGAAGGACCUGCUUGAACUGCCCGACAGUAGUCGUCUAGUUGAAAACUUAAGCGGAGGUCAAAAGAGGCGGGUUUCAUUUGCGUGUGCAUUAGUUCACGAACCGGAAUUGGUCAUAUUGGACGAGCCAACAGUUGGCUUGGAUCCAUUACUCAGGGAAAAAAUUUGGAAUUUUUUGGUUGAAACCACACGAACGAGUAAAUUAGCCGUAAUCAUAACCACACAUUACAUAGACGAAGCGCGUCAAGCAAAUACAAUUGGAAUGAUGCGCAAUGGCAUUUUAUUAGCCGAAGACACACCGACAAAUAUUAUGCAACGAUUCAAUUGUGACAAUUUGGAGGAUGCAUUUUUAGUACUUUGCCAAAAACAUGGAACCUCUGAAGAGGCUGACACAACGAUGGGCAGGGCUGCUGGUCAAAAAUUCCUGCAAAGUGUAUCAAAUCAACAGGGCAGCCAUCAGAAUCAAAGUGAAUCGAAACCAGAUGCAAAAACCAAGGAAGCAAACGCAAGUUCAACGGUCAAACAUGACAGCGAAACACAAACAGAUCUGCCCAAAAAGGGGAAACUUAAGCGAAAUUUAUCGUUUCACGAACAAAGACCCGACACAUUGAUCGGAAAAUUAACGUUCACAUCACAGAUUCGGAUGAAAGCAUUGCUUACCAAAAAUCUGCUACAGUUAAUACGUCAACCGUCCGGAGUUCUGUUUAUCUUUUUGUUCCCGAUUCUGCAGUGCACUUGCUUUUAUUUAGCCAUAGGUGAUAAUCCAAAGAGUUUAAAAUUAGGAAUAGUCAAUGAAGAAGUGCCCAAUUGGCAGGAUUGUUAUAACAAUUCGCUUGUCACCGCCCAAGUAUACGAUUAUGAAUGCAAUUUAACGAAAGUGUCUUGCCGAUAUCUGAGAGAUAUACCGCCCGAAUAUGCCAUACAGGUCCAUUUUAAUUCGAAAGAGGAAGCGUAUGCGGAGGCAAAAAAAGCGAAUAUCAUUGGAUUUGUACAUUUUGCGUCGAAUUUCACUGAAUCAAUCAAGGAUAUUUUGGACAACAAUCGAGAUGCUCGCAACGGAUCGUUUGAGAGUCGUGAGAUUCAAGUGCGUUUGGAUAUGUCAAAUCAACAGGUUGCCUUCUUUUUGGAGCGUAAAUUGCGUGAGACAUACGGUGAAUUUGCUCAAAAGCUGAUGAUCGACUGUGAACUGCCCAGAGCGCUCGCCACAAUUCCGAUCAAUUUCAAAAAACCCGUUUACUCAUCGUUUGACGCCGAUUUUCAAGAAUAUGCUGCACCCGGUGUCAUAAUGACAAUGGUAUUCUUUUUGGCAACUCUGGUCACCGCCGCCGUAUUCAUCACAGAUCGCAUGGAAGGUGUUUGGGAGCGCACACUCGUCGCUGGAAUUUCAACGACAGAACUAUUGCUGGCGCAUAUUGUGACGCAGUCGGUUAUCGUCUUUCUGCAAUGCACUGAAGUGAUAUUCUUCAUCGGUGUGGUCUUCGGUACCGAAAACAAUGGUGACAAUCUCACCGUAAUUCUCCUGUUAUCUUUGACUGGUUUCGCUGGAAUGUUAUUCGGUAUGUUGAUUUCAAUCUUCUGUGAGUCACAUACAAUGGCCAACUUUGUAUCGACCGGCGCAUUUUAUCCGAUGAUUGUGCUGUGCGGUUUGCUGUGGCCACUCGAAGGAAUGCCACAACUUUUACGAGACUUUGCCCUACUAUUGCCCUUCACCAUUCCAACCAUUUCGGUGCGAAAUAUUCUUUCCAAAGGUAUGCCAAUUACAAAUCCAAAUGUUUACAGUGGCUUCAUUGUUAUAUUCUUGUGGAUUGCGGGAUUCUUCUUCUUGUGUUUGGCCGGUUUACGGCGAAAGAAGUAAAAUUUUUAGUUUUAAUUUAAUCAUCUGUAUAUUAACUAAAUUAAGACGAGACGAACGACGACGACGACGACGACGACGACGACGACGACGACACAAGAACAAAUGCAUUUAGUUCUAAAUUUUUCAUAGCUUUAGAGUUGUUUGGUACUUACUUUGUUACUGUGUGUUUUGUGCACGAGAACAUAGAAUUUGAACGAAUGGAUAUCAUUUUAGCAUCAAUCCAAUCACACAUCUCAUCAACAGAAAAAAAAACAAUUUAGCAUAUUUUCUUUUGUUCAGGUGUAACACAGAAUUUUUCUUUUGAUCCACACAAUGAAAAGAGAUGAAAAUCAAAUGCGUCAAUUUUCUUUUGUGACAAAAGGUUUGAAAUCGACCGAAUUUACGAUAUUUUCUACCAUAAAUAUCAAACAACAUUUUCUUCUUUUGUUUUGUUAAUAAAUUUUCAAUUGAAAUUUUACACCGAGAAGAAAAUACAAACCAUUUGUUCCAUUUUGCAUUGAAUACAAUUUUAAAUAUUUGGAGCUAAUAAGUAGCAAUAUUAAACUGAGAUAAGCGUGUGAAUAAUGUAGGUCACAGUAGAAAAACAGAAGAAAAAAAAACCAGAUCGAAUAAGAGAAUAGGGAACGAAGUAUCUCAGAGCUAAAAGCAAAAGAUCGAAUCCCGUAGAUGCAUCAUCUAGAAAUGUCAAUAUAGUUUGCGAUACACACUGUUGUUUUGUUGUUUUUUGUUUGUUUAUUAAUUAGUAUUAUUUCUUUUUUCUCGAACACAAAACAAAUAUCAAUUGUGAGAAUUAUUUUUACAUUUUAUUUUUUCUUCUCUUCUUUAAAUUACGAUUGUCCUAGCUUAAGUGAAAUGGCAUUCAUUUAUUAUUAUUACGCAUAAGAAUUUGCAAUAUUGUAUUUUGUUUUAGAAAUGAAAUAAAAAAAAAUACACAAA